GGGGCACGUAACUCUAAGUCACGAGAAAUGAAAACUUCAGGCACAGUUUCUGUCAAUUUAUUAACUUAUCGGCAUCGUUGAGCUACUCUCCUCAGAAUGAGUGAGGAUCAGACCCCUGAAGUAAAGCAGGAGAAUGAAGCGGAGAAUGAAGGGGAAACAGUGUUAACUGCGGAAGAGACAGAAAGGGAGAUAACUCCUAAGCAGUCAGAUGACCAACUGCUAGAAAAAGAACCAGCAGAAGUUGUAGAGACUGCUGAAGAAGAACAAGAGAAGAGAUUGGAGGAAGACUUGGAAGUAACAGUUGACCCUGAAAUUGUUGAGAAACUAAGCUCAGGAUUUCUUCAGACUUUUCUCCCUACUUUGGAGAAAUCGAAGUCAUCGCUUGAGGAAGUGCUGUCUAACCAGAAGAUCCUGAUAGACACUGUGGAACAGGAGAACUCCAAGUUCCAGGAAUGCCAGUCUAUGGAAGAACUCACCCAGACAAUGUUGAAGGCAAGGAAGUAUUACAAUAAACUGAUCACCAUCAAGAAAGAGAUGUCCAAUCUCCAUGACAAGUCAGGGAAGCUCAAGAAGCGGGCCGUCAAGCUGCAGCAGCAGCGUCAGAAGGAGGAGCUACAGAAGGCUCAGCAGCGGGAGAAGGAGCACGAGAAGGAGAGGAUGUUGGCAGCGCGGGUUGCUGGACGCACAGACAGCUGAUGCAGGCGUCCAUGACACCUCUUGCCGGCUUCCAACACCUGUCAAAUACUAAUACUGCUUCAUGAGAAUCUAUCACGUACCCAUUCCACAAGUCAAUGUCAGGACUCAGAUGGUGGCAAUCCUAUACUGAUGCAUAGGAGUUACCAUAGAUGUAGCAAUAUGAUUGGGUUAUGGAAUAGGAUUGUGAUAACCUUCGAUCAGUCUAAGUAAACUUAGGCUCAGUAUUAUUCGUUACACUGCUAUACUGAGUCUAACAAACCCCAGUAGAAGGUCGCAUCAGCUAACCUUUUGAAUUGACCAAUCAGAACACAGGUUACCAAA